GCAUACCGCGAAUUCCGUACAUUCCGCACAAAUGUCAAAAAAUCAACUCUCGAUCGAUUCUAUUUUCAAGAGGAAUUUCACGGCAAAAUAGUCCGCUUUUUCCACAAAUCGCCGUCGCGUGAGUGUCAACAGAGUGUAGUUUUGCAGUUUGUGGUGCGUGUGCUUUGUUUUCGCGACGCCCAGAGGUGGCAAAAGUGUCGGGAAAAAAACAAACACUUAUCCACACAAAGUCCACCCACUUUUCCGGGAAAGAAGAUAGAAAAUCUCUGGACAGCGGGGCUGUGCAGUGGCCCCUGGAGGGCGCGGAGAGUGGACUUGAUUUCCCCGGACAGGCGAAAUUGCGCUCGAGUGCGCGAGAUUGAGAGUUUUGUGUUAAGCGAGGAGGCGCAAGAAAAAAGAUCGUGAAGAAAUCAUCUCUCUGGAAUGCGGCUGCCCCGAGCCGAUGUACAAAAGUGUCUUGUACGCCAACGACAAGCAGAGAGACCUCACAUCCACACACAAUAAUGCGCUGUAUAGUCGGCUGGCGGUAUUGAUUUUAUUGUAAACCGUCUCUCUGGAUGCGUGGAGCGCAGAGAGUGACCGAAAGUGGCUGACAAGGCGCACACGGAGGGUGAAAAGGUCGCCAGGGCAGUGAAUCCGGACGGCAUUCUUCCAUGGAAUCACCCCUGGAGGUUCUCUCAAGGGCUGCAGCCACCAUGGUUCAAGAGAAGACUCCCGAAGCAAAAUUGCCCAAUAAAGAACUUCCGACAACCAAAUGGAGGCGCGAGAGGCGGCGAUUGUCUGAAUAUCAGACGCAGAGUGGCGCGGCGAUGGUGAAGAAUGGGACGACGGAUGGCGAGACGCCGCUGGACAUGAGCAUCUCGGCGGUGGGUGCGAAGCCGCGCAGUCCGCCUCCGUACAGAGAGCCACUGCCCGGUUCCACGUUCGCCCUGUCGCUCACGAGGCCCACGGUCAUAACGCAAGCACCAAAGACACAGCUGAGGCCGGACGCGCUCUCAGAUCAUCUUCCAGAAUCCAUCUCGAUGUGCGACACCGUGAUCGAUGAACACUUCCGGAGAUCGCUGGGCAACAACUACAUGACGCUGUUCUCGAAGAACUACGCCAAGGCGGACAUCGAGGAGGACGCGAUCAGUCUGUCCGUGGAUGAUCACUUCGCCAAGGCGCUGGGCGAUACGUGGCAGAAGAUCAAGGCGACGUCGGACACGACGACGGCAAACUGUUCAGGGAAGCGACGCGAGUCUGAUGGCGACGAGGAGAUGGACAAGGAGGUGAAGCUGGAGAAGGCGGAUGAUGAUGUGCAGGAGACCUCAAGUAGUUCUAGUUGCAGUUCGCAGGGCACAUCGUAAUUGCAAAUGGGCUGAAAGUGUGUUUGUGUGUGCAAAGCGUUGAAAUUCCACCGCAUUGUGUGAAGUCAGUGGCAAAAUGAAGCUCUUGACGAGAGAAAGAGAGAAAUUGUCUCGGCGGCACGCGUGGAAUGUGAAGAAGAAAAGAGAUUCACAAUGAGAGAAAUUCACUGUUGUGUGAAAAUGCUGUGAAUGUGGUCUUGAAUUUGGGUGGAUUUGAGGAAGAAUGGGCGCGCGCGGGUGUCUGCAGAACUACAAUAAUAUUCCGAUAAGAAAGGGGGAGAAUUUAGAGGAUGAAGUCGCGAUUGAGAUGAGCGUGAAGAAUAAUGAAGUGAUGAAUUUCUCAAGGCGUGUGUGUCUUUUCAUCAUGCGAAAAUACAAUUUGGAAUUAUGAAGAAUAUAUAAAUUAUACUUGUAGGACUUAAGCCUUAGUGGGAUAGAAAUUUCCUCCAUAGAAUGAGUAGAUAAAUAGUGGAAUUAUUACAUUUACUAGUGUAGAAUUUACAAAUUAAACACACAGUGAUUUAUUCUGUAUAGAUAUGGGAAGAAAAAAAACAUGAGCAAUAGUCUCGAUUCAACUGAUAAUUUAUUGUAAUUCUCCUCCAAUCAUCUCUAUAUAUAUAUAUAUUAACUUGCGUAGGCCAAUAAGGAAUUUAACAUAAAUAGUUCUUCCUUGGAAGUAAUACAUUUUUUAGUCUCUAAAUGAAUUAUAUUUGUAGGAUUUUUACGUUUUAAAACAAGAAGAAAAAUA